AACCACCGUGAGACUCGGUCGGACGUACGGUGUGUUUGUAUACCAUUGUUUGAAUUCUAUCGGCCAAUCACUUUAGUGUAAAUCAAUUGUUUUGCAACCAACAAUAUUAUGUUUUGCUGUGCUUGAAAAUUUUUGUAUUUCGUGUGGUGAAGUUGUGGUGGUGAAAAAUGGGACAGUAAUUUUUGAGUACUUUUUUUUAAGAAUUGAAAAUGAGUGUGGUUAGUAAGUUUGUUUUCGUGUACAACCAAGGUCUUGGAAAUGAGUGGCGGGAGCAUCAUCAAUGGCCUGACACCAUGUUCAGAACGGCGUCAGUCGAGGGCUCCGGGCCGAGGACGCCGCCGGCCUACGCCCCCCACCCCCCGUACGUCCCACCCCGCUUCUUUCCCCCUCGGAUCCGGCCUCCACCGCCCCAAUACUGCUUCGACGCAGCGCGCUUCGCCUGUGAUGCCUCCAAACCAAGAUAUUUAGACGUAGAACGAGAAAGGCUAGUCACAAGAUGGUUAGCCGAAGCCAACGAGGCUUUGGUCAGGAGGGACCGGCCUCCUCGGUACAAGCCACGGAGCAGCGAGCGGAGACCAGACUUCUUGGAAAGGAGACCAAAUGCUCCGGAGUGGGCGGACAAUUUUUUGCUAGGUCGCCGCAACGGGUCGGUGGAACCCGAAGACGAUACAAGUGAAGUGAUGACUUUGAAGGAGUUUGUGGAUAAGUUCUCGUUGCCUCGUGUGGUGAAGUUUGAGGGGGAGGAUAGGCCAGUGCUGUUAUAUAGAGUGUUGGAGGCGCAUAGGCGGGUGGAGGCAGUCCCGUUGUCCGGGAAAAAGGGCAAACUCGUUGGAAAGCCUUUAUAUAUUCCGGACUCUUAUGAUGGUUGGUUCUCAGCAUGCGGCUGUCGGGGCGGAGCGCUAGCGGCGCCGCGGGGCUCCAUCGCGGCCCUGCUGCGGGCGCGGGCCUUCGCCCUCGUGUCUCCGCGCGCCAUCUCGGCGUACCGGGCGAGGCCGGCCUCCGAGAGCGGGCGCGUAGGAGCGCAGUACGAGCGGGCGGCGGCGCGGCCCGGCACGCCACUGAGGCUGGCUGGCGUGUUCGCUGACGGCAGCAAGGCGAAAGCACCGAAAUACGCACAAUUGAUCGAUCCGCAGGGGAACGAGCUCUUCGUGCCUAUCAACACUAAAGGGGAACUGUACGAGGUAUGCCCGGAGGAGCUGUCGCCGGCGGAGUGGGAGCCCGCGGGGGAGGGGCGAGGGGGCGUGGCUCCCGACGUGGCUGCGCGGGCGCACCGCCUGCCGCACUUGCUCAGCAUAUGGCGGCUGCCGACCAGGGUGCGCCUGCUGGCAGGGACCGUGCCGAUCGAAAUGGCACAUGAUGUUGGAGAUGACCUUCUACUGCGGGCGGCAGUAACAGAACCAGUUCUCGUGAUGUGCACCCUCCCCGAGUACGGGUCGAUGCCCUCGAGCCCGAGCAAGCAGGUGGACCCUCGCUAUCACGCCAAGGAGACGCUACAGCUGCUCCCUCUCAACAGCGCCAUCAAAGUGAGGCGCACACAGCUCGGCUUCGAGAACGAGAAGCGUAUGUUCCUCUCCGCACGCCUACAAAAAGCUCUAACCUUCUGUCAACUCAAUGUUGACAACUGGAUCAGGCAGAUUUCUUACGCCAACUCAACCGUGGUCGGCAAAGCGAAAACCGCUGAAGACCUUAUAAAGGAAGACCACGAACCUGUCAAGUUUGAAAAGGAAAGAAAGUUCACCUUACAAGGUCUUAAGAUUGACACAUCUAGGUUAUUUGGUAAAAGCGAAAAGGUAUUGAAAGAUAUUCCGGACGAGACCGAGGGCUCUAUUAUAUUUUUAAGUAAAAACGAACUCGAGCACAUGAACUACGACGUUUAUAGCGACGACGAGGGUAAAGAAGAUAAACCGGAGGAGAAGAUCGAACAGGAACAGUUUUCGAGCGAUAAAAUGCAAGUAUUUCGAGAAGAUUCAGGCCAUAAAAAGAACAAAUGGUUUAAAAAUUUGAAGCUCUUAAAAAGCACAGAGAAGCUUACAGAAGAAAAAAUAACAGCCAUUGAGAAUAGUGAGAAAUCACGAGAUGUCAAAGACCCCUUCGAUCCUCUUGGCGAAAAGCAUAGCUCCAUAGAACGGUAUCAAGAUAUGGCCAAACUAAUUGAAGACAGGUUUGGUUGCACCAGAAAGAAUGACGGUACAGCUGAAAAGAGUCAUUCCUAUAAGAGUCUGACUACAUCUUCAUCAGACAUGGGAACGAGUCAGUGCAGCUCUAACCACAAAAAGCCAAUACUUACGAAGUCAGUGUCCGUACAAACAGGAAUGCCUGACAAUUCAUAUACGGAAGAUGACAGUAGUAUCAACAUGAAGCAUGGUCGCAAGAAUCUUAGCGUUGACCAAAUAAACUACUGCGGUUCUAUGGAAAGCGAUGCCAGUUCGGGAAGAAAACUUAAGAGCUUGGACGAAAAUAUGCUCAAAAAAUCAUCAGCUACUAAAUCAUCUACUAAUCUUGAAAGGAGGCAGAGGAUACAGCCAGACCUGAUACCAGAAAAAGCCAUGGUGAAGUCCGAAUCUUACAACCAAAUACAAAGUUGCGAAGAAAUAAAUAUGUUUGGAGUCGGAUCUCUGUAUAAUGACAGUGAUUUCGAAAUCAACUACAAACAACACUCUUUCAUAACUGAAAAGCUAUGUUCAGAAUUUCACGUUAAAACUAAGAGAGUGCUAAGCAAAUCCACAUCGAAUCUUCUUCAUCCUAAAAAGUCUACUGAUAAGAAAGAAGGCAGCAACAGUAAUAGCAUGCCUACUAAAACAGAACGGUCUGCAGAUAAUGAGAAAAUAGUUAACUUUAGAAAGAAAAUUGAUAAACCAAGAGCCCCAACACCUAAGUCUGAAAUAGAAGAAGAUUUCACAACUGUGGACAUUUCCGAAGAGGAGCCCCAAACUCAAGUGAAAAUCCGCAGAUCUAUAUCAUCUAUACAGAAGAGGAAGCUGCCAGUCAUUGAGGAUCUACCAUACGGGCAAGUAGCAGAUGCCGUUCACGUUGAAGAAGAAAAAGUUGAAUCAGACGCCAGCUCUGACAAUAUCUACGCAGAGAUUUGUACCCCCAACGGUCACAAAACUAGCGAUGAAGAAAAUUACGAUAACAACAUCGAUAUUCUCGCUACAGACCCAGUUAUCUGCAAUGUGAAAAAAGAAGUGAUUAUAAGAAACGAUGAGCGAGCGAGGCAGAUGAUAGAAAAUCAAGAAAAUCCAUUCAGACAUAUAGAAGUAGUUGUUAUUGAAAAGACAACGGACUUCGAUUUGGAUAAUUCCAGUGUUACGUCAAGUGAUAUUGAUGAUAUGGGAAGCAAGAAUGAUGUCUCUAUCGUAGACUCCUGGGAACGCGACAAAGAUAAAACGGAGAACAAAAUGCACGCAAUCAGGUUAGAAAUAACGAGCAACAUUGACGAUUAUCCAAAUGAAAACGACAAUAAUAUAGAAAAAACUGAAAUCUGUUUAAGUAAAGAUAAUUCUUUAAGUUUUAGUAACAGCAUACAUUUGAAUGGUACAUAUCCCAACGAAGCCAUCUAUGAUACUUUAAAAUAGUUUUAAGUUUAGCGUAGUUACACUGGCGGCCACAAAUAGUGUCUUGUAGUCAUAUUUUUGAUGUACCAAUAAAAAUAUAAUCUGCAGUUCCCGCUUAGAAAGUCACGUAGAUGUGAUGUUUUUUUUAGUUUACCUUUUUCAGUGUAUAAAUGCUUUAUAUUAUCCGUACUUAAGUCAUUAUAAUAUAUCAAUAUUAAGUAUGUGAUUAUUACAACCAGUGAAGAUGUGGCAUAUGAUAGAUAUAAUAUUUUUGGCCUCAUAUCACCAUUAAUAUAGUCAAGUAAAAUGUAUUCUGAUUAAUUCUUGUACGUUGAAAACCUGAUCGGAUGCCAUUUGCAAAUUUUACCAGAAAUGUGCCAGAAAUUUUAAAACUAAGUUGGGCUGUCAAUUAGUAGUUAUUUUCCGCAAAAAUCGUGGCUGUUUUGCUGAAUCAGGUCUUGUGCAAUAAUUUCAAAAUCAUUUGAAGUGGUUAUCAAAAAGCUAAAACUAAAAAAAUAUUUUCAAAAUGAUCGAAAAACGCAAUUUUUUGUACCACGAGUAAAAAUUAUUGGGGUGAUAAAAAUGUAAAAAAAUCUAUUUAUAAUUUAUCUUUUAAAAAGUGUAUACUUAUUAUUGACACAAAGUGUACCACUUAAUGUAAAAAUGCACUAUUUAGUUACGUGAUUUCUUAUUUUUUGGCACCUACUAAUUUGUCACUAUAUUUUAUGGUAAAAGGCAAUAAUUUGUAACAUUUUGAGCGAUAUGAGUUUUUGAUUGCCUUUA